GCAAAUAAAAGGUAGAGUUGUCUCGCCUGUCGUUACUAGCGGUCGUUACCGACAUGUCUGACUGGACGGAUAUUCUACCGAAAUACAUGAAGAAAUAAAACGCUCCAACUAUCCACCACCGGUCUUUUUUGGACGGAGAUGGUCUCGCGCGGAAUAACGGAUUUGUGAAGCUAUGGCGCUCGGGCACGGCUCCAAAAAGUCGCGCUCCUGUGAUUUGGAGGUAGCACCAGCUCCUGUGGACCUGCCAUUGGAAUGGGUGGGGCCCGGUAACGAAGCCUCUGUGACGUCCUCUAAGAUGUUGAGACGACCCUGCAGGUGUCUCCUAGUCUUCCUUAUUAUCGUCACCAUCAUCAUCCUCUCGGGAGGAGCAACUCUGGCAUGGUACUUCCUGGAGUACAGUGUGUGGGUACUGGAGCCCAGGGUACAGCAGCAGUAUACUGCUAGACUCUCUAUCCUCAACAGGAACUACUCCUCUGGUCUCUCCUCUCACACCAGCCCAGCCUUCACAGCCCAGGCAAAGGAAGUACAAGAUAUGGUGAGGAGGAUAGUGAAGGGCUCAGACCUAUCUCGCUACUUCAACUCCACCAAAGUCUUUGCUUUUGGGGAGGGAAGUGUGGCGGCACACUUCUGGCUGGUACUGUCAGUCCCCGGCAGCCAUGUUGGUAAGGUAACUAUGGAGCAAGUCAGCAGCUGCCUACAGAGUCUACUAGGGGCCUACAGAGGGAGCGACAGAGAGGAGACUGCUAACUAUGGAGGAUAUCUGUUGCAUCUUCCCUCUUUCUCUAUCACAGAAACAGACUCCAAAGUUGUAGAACUUUUGAAAGCUUCAUUUGACUGCUACAGGUACCAGGUGGUCAGUUCCAGCACAGCGGUGGCUAUGAGGGGACCUAACACCCAGCGCUCGUCCUGCCUUUGGCACCUCAGGGCCCCGCAAGGCUCCAGCACCCAGAGUUUCAGACUGGAGCUGAGGAUGGAGUGGCUGCUACCGGAGUGUAGAGAUAGACUGGCUGUCUAUGAUGGUUUAACACCUACUGAUACUCACCUCAUCACCUCUCUGUAUGGCUGCAGCAGACAAGAGCGUGUUGUUCAUGUGUUGUCAUCAGGAGAGUGGAUGACAGUGGUCUGGAAACAGGGUCUCUACAACUACAAAGACCCCUUCUCCCUGUCUGCACAGGCCUGGACCACUGAAGUGUGUUCCUCCAACAUAGAGCUGCAGCCAGUAUCAGGGGUACAGGGUAGUCUACGUACCCCCUUCUAUCCCAGCUACUACCCACCAGACACCAACUGUACCUGGACAUUCACUGUGCCCUCUGCAGACUAUGGACUAUCUCUGGACUUUGAAGGUUAUGAGCUGAGCAGGGCCAACUAUAACCAGGCCUGUACACAGGGACAGUGGAUGGUACAAAACCGCAGGUUCUGUGGGACGAGAGGUCUCCAGCCGUAUGCUGAGCGCCUCUACCUCCUCUCCACGGCAACCAGCGUUGUCAUGACGUCCGAGGUGUCAAUCACAGGGCCUGGACUCCAGGUCCACUACAGCCUCUUCAACCAAUCAGAUCCCUGUCCUGGUCAGUUCCUGUGUUCUCUAAAUGGUCUGUGUGUUCCAUCCUGUCCUGGUCAGUUCCUGUGUUCUCUAAAUGGUCUGUGUGUUCCAUCCUGUCCUGGUCAGUUCCUGUGUUCUCUAAAUGGUCUGUGUGUUCCAUCCUGUCCUGGUCAGUUCCUGUGUUCUCUAAAUGGUCUGUGUGUUCCAGCCUGUCCUGGUCAGUUCCUGUGUACUCUAAAUGGUCUGUGUGUUGCAGCCUGUACUGGUCAGUUCCUGUGUUCUCUAAAUGGUCUGUGUGUUCCAGCCUGUCCUGGUCAGUUCCUGUGUACUCUAAAUGGUCUGUGUGUUACAGCCUGUCCUGGUCAGUUCCUGUGUACUCUAAAUGGUCUGUGUGUUGCAGCCUGUCCUGCCUGUCCUGGUCAGUUCCUGUGUACUCUAAAUGGUCUGUGUGUUCCAGCCUGUGACGGCAUCAAAGACUGCCCCAACGGACUGGACGAGAGGAACUGUGUGUGUAUAGCCCAGUACCAGUGUCCAGAGGACAGUCAGUGUGUUGACUACUUCAAGGUGUGUGACCAGCACCCAGACUGCCUUGAGGCCAUGGAUGAAGAGAACUGCACUGAGGGUGUGCAGUGUACAGACAAGACGUAUGUGUGUGCUGACGGGACGUGUCUGAAGAAGCCUAACCCAGAGUGUGACUUCAUCACCGACUGUCCUGAUGCCUCCGAUGAGAGACACUGUGACUGUGGUCUGAGGCAGUUCACCAGUCGCGUUGUGGGAGGAGUCAACGCUACUGAAGGGGAGUGGCCAUGGCAGGUCAGCCUUCAGAUCGGUGGACGUCAUGUCUGUGGGGGGGCUCUGGUCUACAGCCAAUGGGUGGUCUCCGCUGCCCACUGUUUCUAUGACGACCGUCUCUCUCCCAGAGCGUGGACGGUCUACCUAGGUAAGUUCCUAUUGAACCGCAGCAGUCAGAUGGAGGAUGCCAUUCGGGUGCAACAGAUCCUCCUGCACCAGUACUACGAUGACGAGACACACGAUUAUGACUUGGCUUUGCUGCGACUGGAGAGACCUGCAGCUCCAGGGACCCUGGCCCAGCCCGCCUGCCUGCCAUCACCUACACACCAGCAAGAACCUGAGCUACUCUGUUGGGUCACGGGCUGGGGGGCGCUACGUGAAGGAGGCACUCCCAGUAACGUGCUGCAGAAGGUGGACGUGCGUCUGGUGAGCGAGGAGGCCUGCUUCCGUUCCUACGGUUACAUGGUCACUCCCAGGAUGUUGUGCGCCGGCUACCGCAGCGGAGAGAAGGAUGCCUGUCAGGGUGACUCGGGCGGUCCGUUGGUCUGCCAGGAGAACUCGGGUCGUUGGUUCCUAGCGGGCGUGGUCAGCUGGGGAAAGGGGUGUGGCCGGGCCGACUACUACGGCGUCUACACCCGCGUCACCAAACUCACCGGCUGGAUCAAAGAACACAUCUCUGGACCUGGCUGACCUUCAUCAUUCUCACCAUCAUCAUCAUCAUCAUCAUCCCAAAACAUUGUUAUCAUGUAGUAAUUGUUGUGAUCUAUUCUCUGUGUCAGUCCUUAGUACAUUUAGUCCAUCAGGGUUUUAACAGUGUCAUUGACCUUCUGGCAGUCUAGCACCAAAGUUCAUCAACCUAACAAGCAGACUUUCUGGCUCCUCUGGGCAAAUACACACUCUGCGGUGUGUAUUUUACAUCCAACACUGCCACCUAGUGGAAGCUGUUAGAAUUACAACAUAAUUAAGUACUACCAUACCAACGCAAUUCAAAUCUGGACCUAAAAGCUCCACUGUUUUUGUUCAUUCGUCCCCUAAUCAGGGACUGAUUUACACCUGGGACACCAGGUGUGUGCAAUCAAUUAUCAGGUAUAACAGAAAACCAGCAGUACUCUGGACCUCGUAGGGUCAGAUUUGAAUGCACCUGCAAUCGGCCUUGAUUCCUUCAUCGAAUGUUUGUCUGUUUAUAUACUGCUGCGGAUUGGAAUAUGGGUUAUGCACAGAUCAUUUCAGUCAGUGCACUACACUUGAAAUGCUGAUUGCUUUCAGUGUAUUUCAUUACAUGAUCUAAGGUUUCUGAUGAAAGCCAUUGAAGGUCGAAACGUCCAUCUUUAUAAUGGUGAGCGUGAGUUGCGCCGUUUCCUUUUCAAUUACAGGAUGUUCCUCAUUGAAAAUUAGAGCUUGUAAACCUUUCAGAACACGAGGGAAUCCUAACUGGCACCCUAUUCCCUCUGGGCUCUGGUUUAAAGUAGUGCACUAUAUUUGGAAUAGGGCACCAUUUGGAACGCCAACCACGAGGGUGGGAGUCAUCGUGAGGUUUCAUCAAUAAACCAGCAGAACUGAAAGGGUA